ACCGAGUCCCAGAGAGGGAGAGACGGGCAGGAAGUCCGCGGCGGAACGGCGGACCCGGGCUCGGCCACCUCGAGUGCCACGGUUUCCAGGCGGUUCCUGAGGUCUGUGAAACAGUAGUCUUCGCAGGUGCCUGCCCCUCUGUUCUCGGCCCCCAAUACUAGCCCUCGGGGCAUCCCAGCCUGGAAAAAUGAGGACCCGGAGGUGGAAAGACCCCGGCUUGAGGAGGCGGGGCACAGCCAGGGUGGGAGAACACGGCCCACCCGGGCAACCCAGCUGUGAACCCGGGUUCACAGUGGCUUCACUUCCAUUCUUCUAGGGGUGAGUGCGGGGCGGAGCAGGAUGGCGCUGGUGACCCGGAGACUGAGGUGGGGAAGGGGAGGGAGAUACGUGGUGGGACCCUGUCCUCCUCCUCCCCACCUGCUCCGCAGUUCAACCGAGGCUCGAAAAGACAGAAUAUCUGGUAGAGCAGCAAUCACAGCCUCUCUGUGCCGCCUGGUGGCGACAAGGAAGAAACGCAAGAGCCAGUGACCCUGUUGGGAAAGGGAAGGAACCUCGCAUAUAGGGGCAAUUGCCGCUGUGGCUCUGGGUGAGUUGGUGUCUGGCCAACAAGUGAAUCUGCCACCCCAUCUGCCCGAAGGGUACCAUCCCCCAGCUCACCCAUUCUGCCCUGGUGCCUUGGAUCCCGCCUCUCCCACAUGUCCCCCAUGAUUUUCUGCUCCUCCUGCUCCUGCUGGGCUGGGCCUGAGUCACUUCCCAGGCCGCACUCUGGGAAAGGCUGCACGGGACCCACGGUCACAAGUGACAGGCUCGGGCUGCAGUGCCGGCUCUCUGUCUCCCAGCCAGCCAGGCCUUCCCAGGCGCUGAUUCUUCCUCUGUAUAAGGAGACCACUGGGCAGCUGAGCCCGGAGGCUCCUUCCUGGACUGACCCUGCAGAGCCACAAAGAAUCACAUCAUUUUGAAAUACUCAUGGCAGAGGAAGGGGCCAUCCUCACCAGGAACCUGAAAGCUGCCGUCUCCGCCAUCCUCCAGGGCUACCCUGGCGGGCAGCCUCCAGUGACAGAUGCCAGCGCUGAGCUGCACAGACUCUGUGGCUGCCUGGAGCUGCUGCUACAGUUUGACCAGAAAGAGCAGAAGAGCCUCCUGAGGCCUCGGAAGGAUUACUGGGACUUCCUCUGCUCUGGCCUACGGCAACAGCGGGGCAGCACGGAGCCGGCCCGCUUCGUCUGCUCACAGGACAAGUUGAAGACUUCUCUAGCAAAAGGCCGUGCCUUCAUCCGCUUCUGCCUAGCCCACGGACAGCUGGCCGAGUCCCUGCAGCUCUGCCUUCUGAACCCCGAGCUCACCAGGGAAUGGUAUGGCCCCCGGAGCCCUCUGGUGUGCCCUGAACUCCGGGAAGAGCUCCUGGAUUCUCUCUAUGCUCUCAAUGGAGUGACCUUCGACUUGAACCUGCGGUGGCCGGACCUAGAUGAAGCCUGGCCCAUGUUCUCAGAGUCUUGCUGCCCCAGCCGGACCCAGGGAAGAAGACCCAGAAAGACCAAAGACUCCCCAAAGCAGCUUCCUAGCACCAGGUACGGAUACCGUGAGGACUCAGCCUGUGCCCAGAAGGGGGAACACACUGCAACGCCACCUGUUAAGUGCGGUGAUGCAGCCAUGCACGGAGGAACAGGGGAGCCUGGAGACGGCUUCUCAGGAGAGAUCUCAGCCACACGUGGAAACCCCACAGCAGUCCAGCCAGAGGAGCUGCACACUAGCCAAACCAGCUGUCUGCAAGAUGCACCCAGGGAAGACUGGUUGGCCGGACUCUCCAGGUCCCCGAAACAAAGGCACCUUCCUCCCUUUUUGGAAAAGAAAAGAGAAGAUCCCAGGAGCCUCGGGUCCUCCCAGGGCAUGUGGGAACCAGCAGGGGAGGAACUUCAGCAAGCCCAGGAGAAAGGAGCCCCAAGAACUGGGAUCUGCCUGGAGAUUUCAACACCCAGCAUCCAGAGACAGGGAGAGGGGUCUGAGGGGGCUCCAAAAGAGGUGAUAGACACAGAGGCCAAGGGCAGAAGGAUUCUUCCCAGUGCAGAGGAGACUCAUGAAGGGGGAGCAGAGCAGGGUCAUGCCCAUAGGCUACUGGCCUCCGGCCCUACAGGGACAAUAGAGGACACAAUGUCAGGGAACCAGCAGGAGUGGGAGGUGCCUAGCAUUCCAGGGGAGCCCGGGGUCCUUUGGGGCCUGGGAACAAAGGAAGACUUCACCCCAAAGAAACCACAAGAGGAAACAGGAGAGACCAGUGUGACCAGGAGGAAGGAGCAAGCAGAAGUGGCCUUGCAGGAUGUGGUCAAGAGCCUGAGACAUGGGCUCCGGAAGACCGAGGAGCGGGCGCAGCACCAGGAGCAGCUGCUGAAGGAGAAGGAAGGGGAGCUGCGGACACUACAGGAGCGGCUCAGCAGGUGUCAGGAAGAGAGGGCCUGGCUGCAGACAGAGCUGGAGCAGAAUCAGCAGGAGGCUGAGAGGAGGGACGCCAUGUAUGAGAAGGAGCUUGGAGGGCAGCGGGACCUGGUCCAUGCCAUGAAGAUGAGGGUGCUGGAACUGAUUCACCGCCCCAGCUGUUCUCCUCAUAUCACAGAUGAGGAAACUGAGGGUCAGAGAUGCUGACUUGGACACCAAGGGCACACCGCAUAUAAAUUGCAUGGAUUCCUCUAGCUCUAAGGCACGCCACCACUCCAACACAGCCCCACAUACACACAUACCUACUAAGGUUAGGGGAAGGGAAAAGAGCCCAUAGAUGGAGAAGGAUUUGAGAGAAGAAAAAGGGAGGUUAACCAAGAGGUAAUCAUAUGUGCUACCCCUGACUGCCUCAUAGACUUCCUGAGACCACUGGGCCUGUGGGCCAUCCCAGGUCAGCUGCCCUAGGCACCAGAGAGCUCACCAGGAUGGAUUCCAAACCACUAAACCACUGAGCAAUGGAGGAGGUGUGUAAAGCCUGGUUUCCGCCCUUCAGUCUAGUAGGGAACUAAUGCUAUACUUUGACCCAGUUCAGGAAGCAGGACAGCAUUGGACUUGGGUUUCAUUAGAAUUGGAGGGUCACUGAGGGAUCAUCCAGGACUAAAUCCUCUUGCAAAAAAUCCAAGUGAUAUUAAAGAUGAGAGAAGGGAGAAGUCAACCUGGAAAGAACAAACAAAGAAUUUAAGAAUGACCUCCUCUACAGAGCUGUCAAUGGGGAGAAAGGGAGAUAUAAAAAAUUAGCCAUGUAUCUCACAAAAGAAUUUAAGGUAGCCAACAAUAAAAGACAUAUACAUAUGAUUGUUAAGAAAAAUAGAUGAAAUGGAAGAGGAAACAUUCGUACUUUUGAGGGAUUAGGAUUAGGGUUAAAACUUAGCUCUGAGCAUCUUGGCAGAAUCAAAAAUGGAAACACAGUAAGUUGCCUAAAUGUCACUAUGCAUUCCAAGGAAAUAUACCAGUUCAUCAGGAAAGAAAUUUUUUUUUCGUGUGUUAAAGAAACUCAUCACAAGAUCCCAAGAUACAUAAUAUAAUGUAUUGCAGAAGCAUCAUGGAAAAUAUGGCCCUAAGCACAAAGUGGGCAGGCAAGCUAUAGAGGCUGAUUUCUGCAUC